GUGCUACAGUCAUAUUGUCUUCUUCCAUAAAACUGCGCGCACAACGAACCACACACCCAACCUACAAUCCACACUUCCGAGCUGAGCAUUCCCAUUGCAUGCUUUAGCUAUUGUCCCUUGGAACACGAUGUGCAGAUUUAUGGUCUACAAGGGCAAGGAUGAGAUACUUCUCUCCGAACUCAUCCUAAACCCGACUCAUUCCAUUCUCACACAGUCUUUCGAUUCUCGGUUGCGAUUAGACCGUCGCCGACCGCACAAUGGCGAUGGCUUUGGAAUUGGGUACUACACCUCGCCAUCGCUCGGGCCUGAGCCAUGCGUAUUUACUUCUACCAUUCCUGCUUGGAACUGCAUAAACCUAUCUCGUAUCGCAUCGAAGACGACGUCCUCGCUCCUGUUCGCACACGUUCGCGCCACCACCGAGGGCAACUUGUCCGAUUCCAAUUGCCACCCGUUCCUAUACAAAAGUCUCAUGUUCAUGCAUAAUGGAGGGAUAGGAUGUUUCAAGCAGAUCAAGAGGCGGUUGGCCUUGAGCUUGAACGAGCAGUGGUUUACGCUCGUCCAGGGCUCCACAGAUUCCGAGUGGGCAUUUGCCUUGUUCCUGGACUGCUUGGACAAAGCGGGACAUCACCCCGACUCGGAACCUAAGAAGGGCGGAUUUGGGCAUACUGUACUGCGGAAGGCCAUUUUGAAGACGAUCGAAAGGAUAAAUGGAUUUAUCAAGGAGAUUGUGGGCGAGGAAGGCGUCGGAAGCGAAGAUAGCAGGAGUCUGCUGAACUUUGCCGUUACAGACGGAGAUAGUGUCAUCUGCACACGAUAUGUCAGCUCCCGAACCGACGAAGCUGCGAGUCUGUUUUUCUCCAGUGGGACAAGCUGGAAAGAAUCAAAAGGAAACCAACAUGGGACUGAGAGCACGAGCUCUACCGACCCUGAAAAGAAGGACUAUGUGAUGGAGAGAAGAGAUAAAGGUUCUGACAUUGUCCUUGUCGCAAGUGAGCCAUUGACAUUUGAGAGAGACAAUUGGGUUACCGUUCCCACAAACUCGACCAUUACAAUCUACAAGCAGACCGUCAUGAUACAUCCUAUCAUCGACGAAUUCUACUCAGCCAACCCUGCGCAUUCCCGUUCUGCGGGCUUCGCACAAGCGAAAGGGCAGACCAUUACUGGCCCGGAUAAGAGAGUCUUACCUCAGUCAAGCAACGGAACUGAUAGUGGAUCGGUCAGCCCACAAAGAAGCGCGGAGAUUGUGAACGGAGCUAUCAGCAGGCUGAAGGUGAAUUGAUUAAAUCCGCUUCUCAAUGAGGAUGUGGCGGCCUUAACGGGUUGUUGUUUGCAUAGCGUUCUCGCAAAUUGUAUGGCUGAGUUGCAUCACAGCAAUCAAUUCAGUUAAA